ACUACAUCGCAUUCCCUUAAAAAGGUUGUAGUCCACUGAAAAGUCUACAGUUAUCACUGAUUGUAUUUUAAGUUGUAACUUUAUCCACCUAAGGAUUGGUGCGCUCACAGAAUAAUCAUAACCGUAAUAAAACAUCAUGCAAAAUAUUUGAUCACCGUCGUAACUCCAUUUUCCGCAAACCCAAAACCAAUACAUUCGUGUGUUUUGAUCUAAACGGAAAGCCUCAGGGUCGAGGUCACGACCUCACCAAAAGUAGGAACUUAAAAUCACUACGCCGUAUAAAAAUUUAGUUAUAAAUCUGCGAUUUUGUUUUUUAAAACGAAAGCUGAAAGUUAGGUAUAGAAUAUGUUUCUUACAGAAUAUGUUACGAUGGUAGCUGGUCUUGUGUGAAUUUCUGAGCUAUAAAAUGAGUUGUGGUCUAUUUUUUACCGUAGCGUGUUAUUUGUGUGCGGGGAAGGACACACAUUAACAGUUUGCAUGUGUAGAAUGGAAUUUUCCACUCCAGCAGUUAGAAGCUGAUCGUGCUUCCAUUUGCGGUCUCUCUGUUACGCGGGUGAUCUGUUCGGACGUUAUCACUGAAAAGCGAGAGGAGAAGAUGCAGAGUUUAUCGGUCCAGGCUCUGACCCUGCGCCAGCUCGGGAAACUCACGUCUCUGCAGGUCCCGUCUGCAUGGCACAUCCCGAGUGUUUCCCUGCGCUGCCCGCGAGCGCUCCACGCCCGUCAGCUCUGGGGCUCGAGCGCUCCUCUGGUUCAGCGCUCAGCGGCGCUCCUGAAGCCCCGAGACGCCGCGCGCAGCCUGCCCUGUCAGCACGCACGCUUCAAGGGCUACAAGAGGAGGAAAGGGCGAGCAGGAAGUGCUCAGGAGGAAGAGGACAACGAGGAUGAGGAUCCGGAGGCCAGCGAUUACGAGGACGAGCUGCAGGAGGAUCCCAGUUUACCAAAAGACUAUAAAGAUCACGAGAGAGCAGUUCAGUCGUUACGCUUCGACCUCAUGAUGAAGACAGGACUCGACAUCGCCAGGCAUAAAAUCGAGGACGCUUUCUACGACCACAAGCUGAGACUCAACGGACAGAAGCUCAUCAAGAAAAGCAGAACCGUGAAAGUGGGAGACACACUGGACCUCAUCGUUGACGAAGACAAAGAGAAGGACACGGUGACGCUGAAGAGAGUCGUCCUGAAGAAGAUCGUCGGAGUCACAAACGACGGAGAGAAACAGAAAGUCCUGCUGAGAAGCUGGAAGCAUCUCCAGCUUCCCAAACAAGACGCCUUCAGAGAAUAAACAACGUUCCCAGGAAGAAGUGAACUUUAGAACGCAGAGGAAGUCUCUGGUUUUUGUUUUUCCUUCUGAAAAGACAGAAUAGUUAACAACUGACAAUGUAAUCAACAGCACCGUCAGGAUUUCACUGUCGAUGUAAUCAAGGAGCUGUACGGGAUUAUAGCUAGCUGAUGAUCUUGUGGGGUUUGAAGUAUUUUGCGUGGGUCAUGUAUUAAACUUUCACUUCACGAUAAGGGGCUUUUUGUCACAUGAAAUAUCACAUCACUCAUUAAUAGAGUUCUGAUCAGAGUCCAGCAGAAAACUGUUUAAUGACUGUACAGCAGGGAGGGGGUUCCACACGAGUUAAUAAUGCGAGAAAAUCUCCACGUCCAGGACCGUCUUGGAGAAGAACCAUCGUUUUUGUAAACCAUCACGUGUGCUAAUGAUUUGAGAUGUACUUCUCAGAAGUUAUAAAGACACAAAACUCAAAAUGUUUUCAUCGACUCGUCCUUGUCGCUUCCCCUCGAUGCCGUUUGUUUGUUAAAGCUUUUGGACGAGCGACAGAUCGACUCCACGUAAAUGAAAAGUUCAGGAACGGAACUCGGGUCCAGAAAAUUAAUCUAACCUGAUAAUUUAAUUUCCAGAUUUGAAACAAAACAUGCUUCGGAUAAUAAAAUACUUUGAAAUAAUUAGCAUGUGGGUGGGAAAAACCUUUGUCCUGUAAAAAAUUAUGUUGAAAUAAUAUUUAAUUACGGUUCCCACGGGCCCUUGAAACCAUUCAAAGUUUGUGAACUUGAGGGGGAAAAAAAAUCAAGGUGUAUAUCAAAAUGUAUAUAAAUAGACACGGGUCAUUGAAGGGGCUUGAAUUUAUAUAUUUUGUGCAAAAAUAGAAAUUGAAGACCUUCAGACAGCACUGUGUCAAAAACCAUGGUUCUUCAUUCACUGGUAGAACCACAUGGGCAUGUGGGAUGCGAUAAGGAGUUACAUCCACAAACUUCGCUUCCCGUUCGCUUUCUUGCUGCUGUUUAACCGCCAUCAUUUCCGUCACUUUGCUCACUCGUGCACAUCAUGGUGACGGUGCCACUUUCUUGAGGCAGGUAGCGUUUAUUUGUCGAUUUAUUUGGUCAUGCUCAUGAAGUGUUGUGUUGUGAAUGUUGUGAUGCUAAUGAAAUAAACGAGCGGUUCCUGA